GGGUAAAUUUCGUCAAGCUAAAUCCCUCCUGAACUUCUUCAAUGAAGGAGACUUUGUCACCGCCUGUGGCAAUUGCAUAUUCACUUCCUCCCCAAUGUCAGCUCAAAGGCCGCUCAUCCGCCGAACGAAGCCGUUAUUCAAGGCAUCGCCACCACCGUCUCCAGUUGAUCUUCCCUUCUCGGAGCCCUCAAAUGAAUCCCCAGAUUCAAUUGCGAACUCGGCCGACACCUUCCUUGUCGAGAAGAUUAUGUUGACUCUCAAACGAGGCACGCAUUCUCGGAGCUCCCUGUUUCUUCGCCUAAACGCAUCCGUUUAUCUUGAUGUUAUUAGCAAAUGUCGCCAUAAUUUGCCUUUUGCGUCGAAAUUCGUCGACUCGGUUUCGAGAAACAAUCCCAAUUUCAAGCAUUCACCCACCUCCCUCAGCGCCGCCGUUCAUAUACUCGUCAGGUGCCAGAGAAUCUCUGAAGCGCAGGCUUUGAUACUGAGGAUGGUUCGAAAGAGUGGUGUUUCUAGGGCCGAGACUGUUGAAUCCUUGGCCUGCGCUUACAAUAUUUGUGGGUCGGAUCUGUAUGCUUUUGAUUUGUUGAUCAGGACCUAUGUGCAGGCUAGGAAGUUGAGGGAAGCUGUGGAAGCUUUUCGGUUGUUGCUGAGCAGAAGGUUUUGUGUUACUAUAAAUGCUUGUAAUAGUCUUCUCGGAGGCCUAGUCAGGAUUGAAUGGGUUGAUUUGGCCUGGGAAGUGUACAGGGAAAUGAUCGGGAAUGACGUUCCAGUGAAUGUGUAUACUCUCAAUAUAAUGGUUAAUGCCUUUUGUAAAGUAGGGAAAAUUGAAGAUGCGAGGUUGUUUAUUGAUGAAAUGGAUGAAAAAGGGAUUUUCGGUGAUAUUGUGACUUACAACACUCUGGUUAGUGCAUAUUGUCGUAAGGGUCUUCUAGAUGAUGGUUUUGAAUUGAUGAAUGCGAUGUCCCUCAAGGGAUUGAAACCGUGUUUGUUGACCUAUAAUUCCAUUGUUAAAGGACUAUGUAAGAAGGGACAGUAUCAAAAGGCAAGGGGUGUUUUGAACCAGAUGGUGGCUAGUGGUUUCAAUCCUGGCCCUUCUUGUUAUAAUGCAUUGCUUGCCGAGUGUUGUAGAAAAGGUAACAUGUCUGAGUCUGAAGCGAUUUUCAACGAAAUGGCUCGUUUUGGUGUCCUUCCUGAUUUGCUUAGUUAUAGUUCAAUAAUUGGGUUGUUUUCAAGAAUUGGAUGUCUUGAUCGUUCAUUAGAGUAUUUCAAGGAUAUGAAAUUAAAGGGGAUUGUUCCAGAUAAUGUGAUUUAUACUCUUCUUAUUAGUGGCUUUUGUAGAAACCGUUCCAUUUCUGAAGCUUUGAAGAUGCGUGAUGAAAUGUCAGCUCAAGGUUUGCCCAUGGAUGUAGUUACUUACAAUACUUUUCUGAGUGGCUUAUGCAGAGAAAAGAUGCUCUCCGAGGCUGAUCUGAUGUUCAAUGAGAUGGUUGAGAGGAGAGUGUUUCCAGAUUUUUGCACAUUCACAACACUUAUGAAUGGAUAUUGCAAGGAUGGUAAUAUGGAGAGGGCAAUGUCACUGUUCGAUUCAAUGCUUCAGAGAAACCUCAAGCCCGAUGUCGUAACAUAUAAUGCCUUGAUUGAUGGGUUUUGCAAGGCUGGUGAUAUGAAAAGGGCUUUUGAACUAAGAGAUCAUAUGAUUUCUGAAAGCAUAUGUCCUAAUUGUAUUACAUAUAGCACUUUAAUAAAUGGUUAUUGCAACAAGGGUUGCAUUUAUAAUGCAUUGGGAUUGUUUGAAGAGAUGGUCGGUUUAGGCAUUAAGCCCACCAUUGUCACAUGCAACUCCCUUGUUAAAGGAUAUUGCAGAUAUGGUAAUGCUGAGAAAGCAUGGGAGUUUCUAAACAAGAUGCACUCUGAAGGAGUCUUUCCAGAUUCAGUUACAUAUAAUACUCUAAUACAUGGUUUGAUUAGGGAGGAUCGAGUGGACAGAGCGCUUAACUUAUUUUAUGAAAUGGAAAAUAAGAGAAUACUUCCUGAUGUGGUAGCAUACAAUGCCAUUCUGGGUGCGUUUUGUAGGGCGGGUAGAAUGGAAGAAGCCAAUUUGAUGUUUAGGAAAAUGAUAGGGAGGGGCAUAAAUCCAGACCGGUCAACAUAUGCAUCAUUGAUAAAUGGACAUGUAUCACAGGAGAACUUGAAGGAGGCUUUCGUAUUUCAUGAUGAAAUGCUCCUAAGGGGCUUUGCGCCUGACGAUAAGUUUUAACUUUCACUUUCUAUUUGAAAAGCCUUAUCGAGUUAUCUAUGCACCUCCAUAUAUGAAGUUCCCUACCCUAUUCUUCUUCCAUUUCUAAUCUAUAAAUGGUUGCUCAGAGUCUCUGACAGACUACACAUACCAAACCAAACAUACCUGGCAUAACUCGCUAAGUAAGAUCUGUGUUGUCUGUGGGGUGGGGGGUGGGGGGGGGGAUGCAAGCCUUACAUCUGCCCCAAGGAAUAGAGAUGUUCUCGUGAAGGCUCCCGGCAAGUAGUGCAAAGUCAUGCGAAAAAUGUCAGUACAAAACCGAGUCUGACAGACUACACACGUUGAAUAAUGGAGGAAAUGGAACAGAGAAUGCAAUUUUCAAUGAAGAUCGAGAGCAGACUGAAUCAGCUCCAUUGGCAAUGUAUGUGAACCCAAAGUUGGGAUGAAAAGCAACGCCAAAUGCCCCCAAUCAUCUGGGUGAGACAUGCGCUCGAGGGAUGGGUGGUGGCUAAGGUUCUUUGCGUGGAUUCCAUCGCUGCCUCCUCGAUUCCUUCAUAUUGGUUCCCAUUUACUAGUAAAUGUGGCCAACGGAAGAUUUUCAAUAGACAACUUCUCUUCACAUCACAACUUGGUAACUUUGAAUUUUGAUUAGAGCUGUAGUGGAACAAAAUACUGUAUGUCCU